AAAACGCCCCCCCACCACAGUCCAAGGCGAUCCCCCGUCACAUCCUUGUGUCUUGCAUUGUUCUCAUUGGACACGAAGGGGCGCUCAUUGUCCUUUGUCCUGCUGCACUCUGGAUUGCUCUGAUCUGUGAUCUGUGACGACUUCUUGUUCUUCUUUGUUGUUGUUGUGGCUGCUGAAUAGGAUAUGAAGAAAUAAUAUCACCUCUUGGUUUAUUUGAACAAAGCGUCUUGUCUUUUUUUUUCUUUCUUUUUCUUUCUGGUUUCUAGUUCUUGUGUAAUACACCAAACAGUCAUGACCACUUCGUCAUCGUCAGCCAUACCACCUUCACCACAUGAAACUGCUGCGACGACUACUACCAACACUUCUACUACGAGCACCACGAGAAAUUCUCCAGCUGAAGUCUCCGAACCUCCACGAAAGAGUAUCGUGCUCAAAACCGGUAUAGUUGGUGAUACAAACAUCGGAAAGACAAGUCUUAUGGUCAAGUACGCUGAAGGCGCCUUUGAUGAGGAAUAUGUACAGACGCUAGGCGUUAAUUUCAUGGAAAAGUCGAUCGUGAUCAAACACACAGAGAUUACGUUCAGUAUCUGGGACCUAGGUGGCCAGAAAGAAUUCGUGAGCAUGCUCCCUCUGGUAUGCAAUGACGCAGUUGCCAUCCUGUUCACGUUUGAUCUGACUCGUAAAUCAACACUCAACAGCAUCAAAGAAUGGUAUCGACAGGCACGUGGCAUGAACAAGUGCGCUAUUCCAUUGUUGGUCGGAACUAAAUAUGACGAGUUUGUCCAUCUUUCCGACAAUGAUCACGAGGAAGUAACCAGACAGGCAAGAAAAUAUGCACGGGCCAUGAAAGCACCCUUAAUUUUCUGCUCAACGGCGCACUCGAUCAAUGUACAAAAGAUAUACAAAAUCGUUCUCGCAAAGGCGUUCGAUCUGAAAUGCACCAUUCCAGAAAUCUCAGAAAUAGGCGGGCCAAUUGUGGAGUAUACCUACUGUUAAUAGUUUUCUUCUUCUUUCCCUCCUUUCUCCUGCACUUAAACUGUACCAAAUAAAGCAAAAACCAUCAUCAUCUGACUUGUUGCUCA